AUGGAAGGGUACUUUCUGAGGCUGUGCAGAAUGUACAGUGGAAAGGAGAAAAAUGCAGUUGAAGGGGAACGUGGGCAAGAGCUUCCAGAGGGCCUCACUCGAGUGCUUUCAGUAUUUCAGCUACGUAGUGGUGGAGGUGCUGGCAGUAGCAACUUUCUUGGUCCACAAUUUACAAUGGUGUAUCUGGAACUGGAGUUAGCUGCAUGUUCCUGCAAUCAGUCCACAAAAUUCAAGCACCUACAGAGUUUCCUCAGCUAUGUGCUUCUGUGUACGGUGUUCACCACGUGGUUGGCAUGUCGUUCAGGAGACCAAGGACUGAUUCCUGUUUUACGCAGUCGGGGAUGGAAGUACUUUUUGGUAGCAGUGGCCGACGUGGAAGCUAAUUUUCUGUUAGUUAAGGCUUAUCAAUACACUACUCUAACAAGUAUCCAGCUUCUCGACUGCUUUACUAUUGCCAUGGUGUUGGCUCUGUCAUGGUUAUUUCUGAAGGUCCGUUAUAAAAUUGUCCAUAUAUUAGGAGUAGGUGUCGCUCUACUCGGAGUAGGGUGUCUUGUUUGGGCUGAUCUAGAAGAAGAGAAGAUUUCAGCUCGCAACAGAUUUUUAGGAGACAUGCUCUGUCUUACUGGUGCUGCCCUCUAUGGAGUGUCUAAUGUUGCAGAAGAAUUCGUCAUCAAAACUUAUAACAGGGUAGAAUUCCUUGGGAUGUUAGGACUUUUCGGUAGUGUUCUAAAUGGAAUACAGUUAGCUAUUUUAGAAAGAGCGGAAUUAGCUGUGAUAAACUGGGAAGAGUGGGAAGAAGUUUCUUUCCUAUUGGGGUAUACUAUGUGCCUAUUUUUCCUCUACGUCGCCCUGCCGAUCGUGAUGAAGAACACCAGUGCCACUGCUGUCAAUCUGUCCAUACUAACAGCUGAUUUUUAUAGCCUUCUUAUAGGAAGCUACAUUUUUAAUAAUCAGUUCCACUGGUUAUACGUGCUGUCAUUUUUCCUGUUUCUUACUGGUGUAUUAGUCUAUUCUCUUCAACCCACGCCAAUGGGAACUGCUCACUACCGAGAGAUAUCUGUCGCAGAAUUACAAGGCGACUUGGAAUUGGCUAAUCAAACACCUUGUAGCACAAAUACCUACAAUUCUAUUGGCUCAGCUAGAAACAGUCCUGGGUUCGAACACAUCGAGGACAGUGAACGGACUAAAGGUAUGACCGUGGUGUCCAUUUCACAUGCUGUAAGCGUACACGCUGCUGAUGAAGAAGACAGUGGCGUCAAACGGAACGGUAAUGCCAAGUAUUCUCAUGACAGCAUGUGCUGA